UACAGUGACAAAUUGUGAUUUUUUUAUCGUAUGAAAUUUGUCUUUUCCAACAAAUCUGUUAUGAUUUGAUAUACAAAAACGAGAGGUGUAUAUGAAUAUGGUAAAGGAGACAUUUCAUGUGAUUCCUUCCAUUUUUGUACAAAUAAAGGAAGCGUUUUGACAAUUCUUAGGAAGGGGAUCUGAAACAGUAUCUGCAUCGCCACUUUCCCAAACAAAAGGUUUCUCUCUCUCUCUCUCUCAUCGAUCAACAAUAGAGAGAGAGUGUGAUUUCUUUCUGCACUACCAAAGGUGUCCCACCCUCCACUUCUGAAAAAAAAAAGACCCAACCUUAGAUCUGGUCCUAAAGCGCAAACUAAACAAUACCCUGUUUUAGAUUCAGUCUGUUUUUGUUGUUGUUUGGUCUUCAGAAUCUCUUUCUCUGUUUGUUUUUACCAUCUUCGCCUCUCUCUCUCCCGUCUCGUCGUUUCUUUUUUUCAGAAUCCGGCAUUUAACAUCUGGGUUCGGACGCCGCAUGCAAUUUCCAUGAUCCUUUCGGAUUGUCACGUCCUGAUAUAGCCAUUAAUUCACUUCUUCCCAGUUCCCGUUGUGCGUGGAAAUCGCAUUCGUGGUCUAAGGUUUCGAUUAGGUAUCUGGGAUUGUAAGCACGGACCUGUGAUUUUUCAUGGUAAUGGGUUCUCUGCGAGGCACUGGGGAAGAACCUAAAUCUCAGACAUUGCCAAGGCAAGGCUCUCUCUAUAGCUUAACGCUCGACGAGGUUCAAACCCACUUGGGCGAAUCGGGGAGACCUCUGGGAAGCAUGAACCUCGAUGAACUGCUUAAGAGUGUCUGGUCUGCCGAAGCUAAUCAAUCAUCAUCGGCCAUGCCCGUCAAUGGUGCAGGACAUGGCCUUUCUCGUCAGGGAAGCUUGACUUUGCCCGGUGAACUCAGCAAGAAGACUGUUGACGAGGUCUGGAGAGAGAUUCAGCAGAACAAGAAUGGAGGCAGUGCCCACGAGAGGAAAGAUAAGCAGCCGACACUCGGUGAAAUGACUCUUGAGGACUUGUUGUUGAAGGCCGGGGUGGUGACAGAGACAAUCCCUGGUUCAGACAGUGGCGGUAAUGGUUUAGGGCAAAACAUUCCUCAACAGGGCCCUUGGGUGCAAUAUCAUCAGCUCCCGUCAAUGCCACAGCCUCAAGCAUUUAUGCCAUACCCAGUUUCUGAAAUGCAAGCCAUGGUGUCACCAUUGAUGGGUGGUUUAUCAGAUACACAAGCACCUGGUCGGAAGAGGGUGGCCUCCGGAGACGUUGCAGAGAAGACCGUAGAGAGGAGGCAGAAGAGAAUGAUCAAGAACAGAGAAUCUGCCGCACGUUCACGAGCUAGGAAGCAGGCUUACACGCAUGAGCUAGAGAUAAAGAUUUCGCGGUUAGAGGAAGAAAAUGAGAGGUUAAGGAGAGAAAAGGAGGUGGAGAAGGUCCUUCCAACUGCACCGCCUCCCGACCCAAAGCGGCAGCUGCGGCGGACAAGCUCCGCCUCUUUCUGAUCUCUUCUCUCUUCUCAGUGUCAGUUCAUAUGCCCUAGCAAAUGUUCAUGUUUCAGACACAUGACCGUUAAAGAGUUGCUGCUGGUGCUGGUUGUCGUCAAGCCAUUGAGAAGAAAAAAAAUCUUUCUCUGUACAUUUCGCGCAAGACUUUCUCAUUGAACUCAGCUACAUUCUGCUUUGUUAAUGUCGUGAAACUUUCUGGGUUUUUUUUUCUCUCACUGUUGAUCAUUAACAAUGAAAUCUUCACCGACAGCCAAGUAAGUUGGCUACUUGGUGGUGGAUCAGACCCUUGUUGGAUAUC